AUGGCGGGAAUGGAAUAUGGCAAUUUGAUACCCAGACCCAAAACUUGUAACAUAUCAAAUAGGGUGAAAAAAAAAUAUCUCACGUGCGGAAGAAAAAUACGAGAAGAAGAAUUAAAAAUAUAUAAUUUAAAUUUAUUAAAUGCAUAUAAAAUACCAAAACCGUUAAAAACUUUGGAAGAUUGUAAAAAUUAUUGGAAAAAAGAAAAAAUAGAAGAAGAAAAUUUAAUGAGAAGAAGGAAGAAAAAAUUAAGACCAUAUUCGCACACGAUAAAUUCAAAAAUAAAUUACGAUUGGAAAUCAGAAAGACUUUUUGUACCUGAAACGGAUGCUGCCCUACCAGGAAAAUCCGUUACCGAUGAUUUAGAUCCGGAUUUUUUUAAAAUAGUUUCCGGUAGACCGAUAAAAGAAAAUUCGAAAAAAAAUAAAAAAAAAUAUUUACAAGAUUUGAGAGAUUGUUUUUUAACAAAACUUAAAACCGGAUAUUGUUACGAUGAAAUUUAUUUAUUGGACGAAUUAUACAAGAGAGAAAAAAAUAUACAAGAUGAAAUAAAUGAAAAUUUAAUAAAAUUAAAUCAAAAUUUUGAUGAUUUUUUAAAAAAUGAUUACGUCACGAGUCAAAAUUUAUUAAAAAAAUGUCAAAACGAAAUGAAAAUAUCUGAUGAAAAACUACAAACUUUAAUUAAAUAUAAAAAUAUAUAUAAAGAAUUAGAAUCGGAUUUGAUUUUCCUAGACAAACAAUGGAAAAAAUAUAAAAUGUAUCAGAAAUUUUUAUUUUUGAUUUCACCAACGGAAUGGAGGAAAGAAAAUGAUCCGAAUUAUGAAAAUGAAAAUCAAAUCGGAAAAACCGUUUCCGAUCCUUGUUUGUUUAACGCAUUUAGAGAAAAUCCAGAAAAUUUAAAAAAUAACGAUAUAGAUGAAAAAAUUAAAUCUCUAGCAGAAGAAAUAAAUAAUUAUCGGAGCCCGAAAUUAUAUUUUACUCAUCCCGAACAAAUAUUAUCAAUAAUAACGAACAUUGAAAAAAAUAAUUUAAAAUUUUUAAUACAAACAACGGAAUUAGAUUUUCCAGCUAAUCGUGCAUUAAUGGUUGAAAAAGCAAAAAAUCGUUUGGAUAAAAAUCAAAAAUAUUUAGAAGAUGAAUUAAAAUAUAUAAAAGAAUUAAUAAGGGAAGAAGAAGAAAAUUACGAAAGAAAAGAAAAGAAAAUAAAAGAAAUAAUUUAUGGAUUUUUUCGUAAUCACAUAAUGAACGAUGAAUAUUUAAAUGUGUCUGCACUCGUUGAAGAUGCUUACGAAGAAAUUAUUGGGUCGUCUGCUGCUGCUGCCACGAAUACACAACAUAAUCCAAACCUUAUAAAAAUGUUAAAAGAAAUAGAAUUACAUUACGAAAACGUGGUUUUAGAAUUGGAUUUCCAACCCAAUGAUAUAAUGAUUGAAACGAGUAGAAAAUUUUAUAAAAAGCAAAAAAGUGAAAUGGCAGAAGCAAAACAUGCUGAAAAAGAGGUGAAAAGAAUGAAUAGAUUAUUGAAAAAAUUAAGUAAUGCUUUGAGGAGUCAAAAGAAAAAAGUUUUAGAAAGGAAAAUAGUGGGGAGAUCGCAACCCCCCGAAGAAAAAUUAAAAAAAAUAAAAUUACCAAAAAUAUUAACGAAAGAAGAAAGAGAAAAUUUUUUCUUUUUUGAUCAUGUAAAUUCUCAGUAUGUUGACGAUGCCAGCAACCUUUGUACCACACGUCUUCACGGAAGUCUAGAAAAAUUAAGAAAACGACAGGCAAAUAUAAAAUCAACGGCUUUUAUUGAUCUGACCGGAUAUGCUUUGCAUCAAACACUAAGAAAUUUACCGCUCGACAUGUACGUAACGGAUAUUAAAGUUCGAACUCCGAGAGUCGGAGAUUGGGUUCGUAUUGAAAAAUGUCAAUUUUCAAAUCGCGAUAAUAAAAUGACGGCAAAAAUACUUUUUAACGAUUUAACCGUUUCCGGAACGGUACAAUUGCUCGACGAUACUCAAACUCUAAAAAGUUCUCUUCAUUCUAUUCCGAGAGAAUUUUGUAAAAUGUCAUUGAGAUUACAAAGAGCUGGUUUGGGUAUAAAUGCUUUUCCGACGAAGGCAAGAAGUCGAAGGUUGGAUGUUAGAACGGAAGCAAGAUUUUUAGAUCCGAAAUUUUUAAGCGUCCACGCAUACGGAUGUAAAUUAAAUGAUAUAUUUAAAAAAAGGGAGGAUUCUUAUGGGGAAGAAGUACAAGACGGGUCUGUGUUAAAUGAAGAAGAAGAAAUUAUGCCGGAUGAUAAAUACAGAGAACCUAAAAGAGAAAGAAAAAAUUUUAUGAAAUAUAAUUUUACUAGGGGCGGUUACGAAAAAGAUAUGUCUUCUUACGUUAAAAUUGAAAAUCUUGCAAGAAGUUUACCACCGAUGGAUGAACAAACUGUAUCUCGAGUACCUGAAAAUUUUGCAAGGAGUUUACCACCGAUGGAUGAAGAUGAAACGGAACCGCAAGUGAGAAUAAUAACAUUAAAUCCAGAUUUAAGAACAAAUGAUGACACGAAAUGGUUUAGCCUACACGAAGAACAAGAAACGGAUUUAAAUGAUUUUCACAGGCAAAGACUCAUAGGAAGUGGUCGACAUAGAAUGUCGGAAAGAGACAAAUUAAAAGCUGUUUUGCACGUGCAAAAUUUAAUAGCACAACAAGCAAAUCACGUAUUUCAAACUCAAGGACCUUUCUCGCAAAAUCAAAAACCACCGUUUAAACCUUUCAAACAAUUUAACGGAAAACCUCUGAGAGGUCCAUCGGUGGUGUCGACCAUAACAGAAUUAGAUGAAAAUUUAUCACCCAUUCGUCCGAUUCCUCAAAGGCCAUUCGAUACGUUUUUUGCACAAAGUGGACAAAUAAUAACACAACCCAAUCCUCCAGAUUAUCAAAAUUAUUACGAAGUUAUAUCGAGAGAAAUGGAAGACAUAUUUUUAAGAGGAAUAAAAACAUUAUUAACGCGUUAUGUUGAAAAACAACUUGAAAUACCUUUAAAAGAAGCUUUGAUGGUCAACAUUGGUUAUACAGUUUCCUACGGUUAA